AUGACGGAGCUUCUUCCCGGCAGCCUUCCAGAGCAGCGCCCGAGGGGCAUCGGCGGACAGGACUUCCCCCUGGUGCUUUCGCCCAGCCGCGCGUGUAGCGGCCGAGAGCUCUGCACCUGGACGGCUGCACACUCCGCGCAGCUCCAGGAGCUUUUGCUGCAACAUGGUGCAGUGCUUUUCCGGGACUGUGGCAUCAGCAGCGCGGAGGAUUUUGGUUUGGUGGUGCGGGCAAUGGGCUGUGAGGGCUACGACUAUGUCGGUGGCGCAGCGCCCCGCACGGAGGUGGUGAAAGGCAUAGUCUUCACGUCCAACGAGUCCCCGCCGGAUCAGCCAAUCCCUUUCCACCACGAGCUGGCGCAGUCCCCGACACCACCCAACUACAUACUCUUUUGUUGCGAAGUCGAGUCCAAACAUGGAGGCGCGACGCCCAUCAUCCCAUCGGAUGAAGUGGCCGACUUCUUUGUGAGCCACUUCCCGGAUUUUGCGCGCGAGGUAGAGGCCAAAGGUGUGCGAUACAUCCGCACGAUGCCCGAAGUGACGGACCCGACAUCAGCCCAGGGGCGCUCCUGGGCGGAGUCCUACGCAGUCACAACGCGAGAAGAAGCUGAGGAGGUGAUGAGGAAGCAAGGCACCUCGUGGGAAUGGCUCCCGGGCGGCGACCUGAAAACCACCACCGCAGCCCUGCCGGCCCUCCGCAUGGACGAGCGCACCGGGCGGCGAGUCUUCUUCAACUCAGUGAUCGCAGCUUUCACAGGCUGGAACGACUCAAGGAAUGUGGGCGAGGAAGCCGUUGUUCUGGGCGACUUCAGCCCUGUCAACAAGGAUGCGCUACGAGCCACUGCGCGCUUCAUGGCCGAAAGAGAGGUGGCCUUCGCUUGGAAGAAGGGCGAUAUUCUCAUUGUUGACAAUGGCAGUGUCCUCCACUCCCGGCAAAGUUUCGAGCCCCCACGCCGCGUGCUCGCGGCGCUGAGGGGGCCGCCGCUGCGGGGCCAGGCUCUGCGCGCAGGCAUCAUCGGCACUGGGGCCAUGGGAAAAGAGCACAUUCGCAAUGUGGCGUUGAUGGAUGGGCAGAUGGUCGUGACGGCAGUCGCCGACACCAGCGAGGCCGCACUGCACGAGGCUCUCGAGGAGUUGGGUCGUGAUCGGGCUCCGCGGGUUGCCGUCUUCCACUCGGAUGAGGAGCUCAUCAAUUGCGACUUUGUGGAUGUCCUCAUCAUCUGCACACCCAACUUCCAGCACAUUCACACACUUCGAAAGGCGAUCAUGUCAGGGAAGCACAUCCUUUGUGAGAAGCCGUUAUGCACGACGGUGGAAGACUGCGAAGAGGUGGAACGUCUCCUCACAGAGCGAGUGGUGCGCACUGGAUCCGACAAGGCACCUGUCUUCAUGACAGGCAUGGAAUAUCGAUACAUGCCACCCAUUCGUCGUCUCAUUGAGGAGUCGGACUCACGGAAACUCGGUGAGCCGAGGGUCCUCUCGAUCCGAGAGCAUCGCUUUCCCUUUCUCGUCAAAGUCGACAACUGGAACCGCUUCAACCGCAACACGGGCGGGACGCUCGUGGAAAAGGCAUGUCACUUCUUCGACCUCAUGCGUCGCAUUCUGCAAAGUGAGCCGAUCUCCGUCUAUGCGUCUGGUGACCAAGCCAUGAACCAUAAGGAUGAGGUGUAUGAUGGUGGGAUACCGGACAUCAUCGACCACGCCCUGGCAGCCGGGUUCUCGGCCGCGACUUCUUGUAGAUUUCAGUCUGCCGCCAUGUCCCGCAUCGCCCUGCUGCCGCUGCUGUCUGCACUUGUGGGAUGCAGCCCUUUCGAUGACGACGCGGCCCUUCACCUGCUUCAGUUCCGCGGAAACCAGACGGCCCGUGUUGCCAGGUGCAGCCACUACCCCCAUGGCUACAAGAUGGAAUGCGGUGACGGGGUCGCACUUUGUGGCAUCCUAGCACUGGAGAUGGGAACCGGAGAUGGCCACUACAAGCACCCCAGGGCUGGAGUGCAUGGACUUUGGCCUCAGGUGCCGCCCUAUGGUAACUCUCAGUGCCUACGGCCCACAAUGAGCUCUGCGAGUCCCAACGAGCUUGUGUCUUGCUAUGAGCCGCAGAGUGCAUCUGAAAGUGCCCGACACCAGGUGCAGUUUGAGCAGCACGAGUGGGAGAAGCAUGGGACAUGUGCUGGCACCCAAGAUGCAUCUGACUACUUCAAGCAGGUCUGCAAGCUCGCUGCCAGGCCCCUGCAGAUCAUGGACGGUAUUCGAGCAACCGGAGGCACGGCUGUGGACGCAGCUGACCAGUUGCAGCGCCUCGGCGUUUGCGUCUGGUCGGUUGCCUCCCAUGACCAGGUCUACUUGUCAGCCUGCGCAGGCAGCGAUCGUGUUUGGAAGCUGGCGGACGCGGAGUCUUUUGAGAAAGUCUGUGGAAAGGGUGCCGAGGGCCCCGCGGACUCGGGUUCAAGCUCAAGCUGGACUCACACACCAAGCCAUAAUGCAUGGAGCCACGGAGAUUCAGAUCCUUCACCGUGGAGCCAUGGCAGCCAUGGCUCGGGUCCCAGCGGUCCCAGCAGUACCAGCGCCUGCAGUGCGAAGACGCAGGGGCCAGCAUGCAAGGGGGACAUCGACUGCUGGAGCUACUCGGGCUGCAUGCGCUGCACGGAUGCCGGAUUCUGCACGCACGAGACGAAGCCAGCUGAAAAGAAGGAUGAGUCUGGGCAUGGUUCUUGGGGCAAUGCACCAAGCCCAUCCUAUGAGAGCUCUGCGAGCUCUGAGAAGUGCAGCCCCAACAAACGCGGCCCAGCGUGCAAGGGGGACAUCGAUUGCUGGAGUUACUCGGGAUGCAUGCGCUGCGCCCGCUCCGGUUUCUGCACGCAUGAGGAGAAGCCUGACAACUCGGGCCACACGACGCCAGCCAAGUCCGGAAAGUGUGUGCGCAAAGUCUGGAUAUUGCACAUCGCACGAGUGAGCGCACCAGCCCUGGUCGUCGAGUUUGCCAACGGCGCGCGAGCUUCGCUGGACCUCUGCAUGUUUGCCGAAGAUGAGCAAACGGAACAGGUGCGAGUGGUUUGCCAACAAGGCAGCGUGGAAGCCAAAUGCCCGGAGUCCACCGUUCGCAUUGUUCAGCGGCGAAAGGUGCGUGGUUUGGGGCGUACUCCACCUGGGAAGGACGAGAGGGCUGUGCCGGAAAUCAUCCGACUUCCAAUCUCCCGCGAGCUGGCAGCCGCUGGGUACCAUGAAGGUGCCACAUUCUUCGAGCUACAGGCAUUUGCAGAAGCCGUUCAGGGCAAGCGUGCCGUGCCAGUGACCGCGCGUGAUGGAAAGAUGGCUGUGCUCAUGGGCGUGGCUGCUCAUCGCUCCAUUGCCUCGGGCCGCCCAGUGCGCCUGUCUCCAGCAGGACAGAUCAUCGAGGAGCCCUCUGCAGAUCCACCUCCACCCCUGAUGAAGCAGCAGGUGUGGUCCCGCCUCUGA